GCGUCGGGCAGCGGCCGAACAGCGCCUUCCACGAUAUGCAGAACGUGAAGGAAGAGCGAUGGCGACCCUUACCCACUGCAUCGCCAUCAUCUCGGCUGCGAGCAGCACGCACGAUGCCUCCAUGGCUACAAGCACGAACUACGGCUGCGCCCCCGCCUCCCCCUCCCCCUGUUGUACCUCCGCCACCAGACCCUGACUAUGAAGUCAUUGAGUUCUCCGCACAGCAAGCGUACUCCAACACACCCCCGCCUCGACCAACUCCGCCAGGUAAACCAAGAGCAGAUAACCAGAGAUGUGACCUUUGUGGAUCAUCGGCUCCGGCCGUCCGUUGUGAGAAAUGCUCUCAACAGAACUUCUGCCAUUCCUGCGACGAGAUGUAUCACCGCCACCCCAAGAGACAGACACACGUUCGCAAGCCCCUGGACAGUGGACGCCACUCAACUCUACGCCCCCCACUGCCCCCUAAAGGAGAGAACAGCUCCGCCCCAGUCCCUCCCCCCCGUCGCCACAAACGCUCCGGUCGCACCACUCCAGUUCCCAUGGAACAGACGCAGCCUACCAGGCCGGGGGUGAGUGCAGGCGUUGUUGGAAGCCUGAAGCGGAUGAUGGGAGGUCGACCGUUACCAGCGCCUCCAUUGACGAGAGAUCCGCGGUUGUCUGCUUCAACUUCGCCACUCACUUUCGCAGAACUCUCUGACCACCAGCCUCCUAGUAGAGACAGUGGCUACCUAGACUGGGAGAUGGACAGCAGACACAGAUCUGGUAGUCUAACGGCCCUCAACGCUCCCGGCUUCACACCACUCAUGCAUGCGCAGUCCAUGGCCACGCUCAACUGUCCUAGUUGUCACCAUCAUGGGCUGGUCUGGGAUUGGAACAUGGGUAACGCAGGUCCACCCUGGGGAGGAGGGAUACACACUAACACCUGGCAUGGGUCUGCCAUGCUGCCUCCUUACAGGCCCGUGGAUGAGAUGGCACGACGGGGCAGUCUUAGGGCUCCUCCCCGUCGAAGCCGACGCGACCUCACCACUGACGACGAGGACGAUCGUCGCAGGAACGCAUCACCAGUCCGGUCCAGACGAGGAGUUAGUGACGACUCGGACGACGAAGUGAUGUCUCACCGCAGCAGCAGAAGACACAGAAGACGAACAUCCCCUGUGUCAAGAAAUGUUUCACCAGCCUUGUCGAGAAGAAGCUCGAGGAAAAAGAGUUCGGUGGGUGUUGAAGAACUGAUUGCUAGAAGAGUGAAGCAAAACGAAGAAGAAGCUAGGAGACGAUACGAUGAUGAAACAACGUCCAACAGAGGUGGAAGGAGGUUUGAUGACGAGUUGAGUAACAGAGGAAGAAUGUACGAUGACGAUACAAUAUCUAACAGAGGAGGAAGAAGGUACGAUGAUGACAGAAUGUCGGUGAAAAGUGGGAAAAUGAUCGAUGAGAUGUCUAACCGUGGUAGAAAGAAUGAUUUUGAUGAUUCAAUGUCCAACAGAAGCCAGAGACUGGACGAUGACGUGAUUUCAAACAGAAGUCGACGAUACGACGAUGAGGUGUCUAACCGAGGAGGUAGACGAAGGCGACGAAAUUCUCAGUCAUCAGGUUUGCCAAGAAGAUAUCCGAGGAAUACAAGCAGUGAAGACUCUGGGGACGAGAUGUCUGACGGGAUGAAAAAUAACUCAUCUGUAGCAAAGAAGAAAGAAAUGGGCACUGACACCAUUGAAGUGAAAGAAGACGAUGUCAAUAUACCUAGUGAUGUAGACAAACCCCUCGGUCCGAUCCCGGACCAAGAGUGGGAAUGUGAUCAUUGCACUUUUGUAAACCCUGCGGGAACCAGAGUGUGCACUGUUUGCUGCAAAACCACCAACAAUCCUAAGGUAAAACCUAUUAAACCUCCGCUCAAACAACAAGCGAUUAGUCAGAGACCUCCAGAACAAAAGGUGAACCGUCCUUUACGUCAAGAUUCGAGCACAUCGCCUUUAAAGGAAAACACUACUCAGUUACCAGUUAGUACGCGGAAAGAAAUGGUCAAAGGAACGAGAUCACCUCCCCCACCGAGACAGCAGGCAAGCUCCGAGGGCGACAAGACUGAUGCUGAUCUGGCAGAGAGAACCAAGAGGCAGUUGAAUGUGUCUAUGGAACCUGCUGAUAAGAAGAAAGAAAAUGAUGGGGCGGAAAACUCAACAACACUGAAGACUAAAAUUUCAACUGGAACUUCACCUCCGCCUCAAAGUAUUUCAACUCAAACUUACGACGUUUUACAAAAGCCGAGACUCAAGCGUGCAACAUCUUUAGCAGACCAUGAGUUGUGGAAUCCUCAUCGUAACUUCAGCAGUCGUCAGUCUGUAACCAGCGACAGUCAGAGUCUACCCGUGACGCCCCCGCGAGCUCACAGUCCCGAGUUUGAACUCGCUCCGAGAGAGUGGGAGCUUCGCCACGUCGAGCCGCCUCUGAGAAGCUCGUCACAGCUGAGCCGACGACCUUCUGAACCUGCUUAUAAUGUUUCUAGGUACAGUCGCCGCUCUGGUUCACAGCCGUCCGAAUAUCUCAGCACCUUGGUGCAAAAACAGGUCAAGCAAGGGAUGGAAAUGGUCAAGUUAUUAAGGGAAGCGGAAGAGCAGCAGUUCAGUGCCGAUGAUUUGACAGUAGCUUUAGCUCAGUGUGGUGAUGGUGAUCCCGUGGCCUGGCUACGUGAUAACUGGAGAAACAUGAUUGACACUGUGGUCACUCUUGCAACCAACUACGGCCACGAGCGAAAGGAAAACACCAUCGGAACCAUCUCAGUAUCUGAGGCUAGAGAGGCUCUGAGGAUGCACGGAGGCAAUGUCUGGGCUGCCGUCACCGAGUGUGUGGAACAAAGGCAAAAGAAGUAUGCUGACCUUAUGUCCAGAGGCAACUUUACAAGAGAAGACAUUGUGACUGUUCUGACGGCAAAUCAUGGUAACUUAGAAGCAGCUUACUUGGAACUUAACAAGUCCCAGUUGAAACCGUUCCUGAUGCGUAUCUGGGGGCCCCCACAGGGACAGGAAAAUGAGAGCGGCAACCUGCUACGGGGAAAUCAAGAUGGGGCAGUGUUAGUGGAGGGACUGGGGCAGGGAGAGGGAAGUGGAAUUUCCGAGGAGGUGAGUGACCCAAACUUUCAACGUAUCAAGUCUUGGCUGGACACUUAUGUGCAUCGGUCGAUUGAAGCUCACGAAGCUAAGUCCAAAAAUAGCCAAAUCCAAAUGGAUAGAUUCCCUGUAGAUGUUCCAGAGCCCAGGCUAGCGCAGAGUACUCUGGUUGAUGAUACACUUUCAUCUCCCCCAAAAAUACCUCCACGACAUAAGGCUGUGAAGCAAGAAAAUUCUGAAGGAGAUUACGAAAACAUUUUCAGAGGUGAGGUUGGUAAUAGUCUUAGUUCCCAAACAAAAAUUGACCAAGAUUUAAGCAGUAUAAAUGAUAAAAAUGAAAUUAGGCAAGUUGGGACUGAUGAAAUGGAUGUAAAUAUGCCAUUGUCAAGUGGGAAGGACAGAGUGGUUAAUGUAGAGGAAACGCCUGAAAGCAAAGAUGUAAGUAAAUUAAACAUUCCUAAAAAUCAAGAACCUGAAGAGAAAGUCAACCCUAGGUUAUCACCGGAUACAAAGUUAUCAGAUGAAAGACAAAUUAUUGUGGAAAAACUAAUAAUCAAUGGCAAAGUUCAGGAAGUAAGGAAAUAUUUAUUUAAUAAAGAUGAAGCAGAAAGUUAUUUAGAACAAAACAACCUCAUUACCUCUGAACAAUUGAGUUCUAAAAUGAUUUCUUCAGAAGACGGACUUAAAUCAGUAAAAGCUGAUCCUUCAGAACAUGCAUCAAACAAUAAGCUAGAAAAUGUAAAAACAUCAAAAGUUCAAGACAUUCCAGAUCAAAAAGGUGGACUCCAAUCAAAUAAUAAUCAUCCCCAACAUCAUUCAGUGCAGGAGCAGAUUUCAAAUAGUACAUCCUAUGAAAGCCUGUGUUAUUCAGAAGAUGUCAUAGAAGGUGAUAAUGAAUAUAAAACCAACAUUCCAAACGCUGAAGUCGUAACAUCAGCAAAACUUGUCGUUAAGAUGGAUGCAGCAACAGAAAAUUUGGUUGUCUCAAAACUGAAAUCAGGAAAGCUCUCAGAUAAAGCCAGCUCAUCCUCUUCAGUCUCAAUUCCUGAAAAUGAGCCUUUACCAUCAGAAAGAAAGCCACCAAUAAAGGAAUUGGCAAUGAAUAUUGAAGCAGAUUCGCCCAAUACCAGGCGUGUUGUGAUUCAAAAUCAAUUUAAUAAGCCUAUUAACAUCUCAAACAACAAGGUAAUUGAUGAAAGCGAACCUUUAGACUACAUAGGCUUAGCAAAUAAUGAAAAGAACAAAUCUGAAGGUUUAAUCAACAUAGUAGAAAACAGGAGCAGAGUAAUCUCACCUUCCGCACAACAUGUAAAAUCAGACUCAAGAUCAAGUACGAAGAAAGUUUUAGAAUUCGAAAGAGAAGGAAGCAUCUCACCAAGUGCCUCAGAAAUUAUAGCUGGUUCUACCAACAACAGCAGAAAUGUUAGUCCUGAUCCUUAUGAUUCAGAAGAUGUUGAAGAGUAUUAUGAAGAAGAAGAAAUUGAAGACGAGGAAGAAGUCUCUGAAGAGGAAGAAUUAUUAGAGGAAGAAGACGAGAAAGGAAUGUCAGAAGGAAAAGUUGCAGAAGAAAACCUUCUUGCCAACCAAAAGUAUUCUGUCAACUUGGAACAAAUUAAUUUAUCUGUAUCACCUGAACCGUCUAUGAAAAUAAUUCCUACUGCGAAAAUUGGCAUGCAACCUAUCAAAAAUGAAGGUGGAAUUAGUAGUGAAAUGCUGGUGAAGGUUGAUACUGUCAAUAUUGUCAACUCUAAUGAAAGAUUGCCUACUUUAUCUGACAAAAAGGAUGAUGCAAAUAUAAAACAAGAUACACAGGAUGAAAUUGUCCCAAAAACUGAAAAGGUUUUGGAGGAGACAGAUUCAUUAGACACCACAAAACAAACAAAUGUAGAAACAGGAAAUUCUGUCUUGUUAAUCAUGGUAAACCAAAUGCAUGACAAUUUCUCUGAGGUAAAGGAAAGAAUUACUGUCACUGAGUCAAAAAUCACCGAUGAAGAAGAAAAACACCAUACAAAACCAAACAGUCCUGAAGAAAAGGAAGCAGUUGUACAUAUCUUAAGUAAAUCAGAGGAAAAAAUUAAGAAGCCAUUAAAGCGAAAGAAACCUGAUAAGAAACCAAUGUCUAUGGCAGCAAAUGACAUAGAAAAAGUUACUUUUUUAGAAAAUGUUAUUUCUUUGGAGGAUGAUAAAGUAAACAACAAAGAUAACAUAUCCAUAGAGAAUAAAUCCUUGGCAGAGGGUAUACUGCCAGAAGUAUCUGAAAUCAUAAGUACGACCAAUAACAAAAAUAAGAUUGAACCAUCUAACAACAGCAAAUCUAAUGAAGACAAAUCAGAUCAAAUUAAAGAUAAAGGUGGACAAAUUAAAUCUCACAACAAACCAGCCAGUAAAUCGGAUAGUAGUGAAAAAGUUAAAAGUGAACAGUCAAAAAUUUCUAGUGAUAGGCCUAAGAAUAUUCAUAAAAUUGCAGUAUCUGAAGAACUAGCAGAAGAUAAAACUAUUAAUAAGACAGCUGAAAAUAUAGUUCCUGAAACAGAAGACAUAAAAGAAACAAUUUCAGAGAUUGAUGGCAGCAUAACAGCUGUGUCAAGUAAUUUAAAACUUCCGCAGGAAUGUGAUGAAGUAAAUUCGUUAAGUGACUCUGAGAAAAGUAAUUCAGAUAAGACAUCUUCAACAACUACGUCCCUAACUAAAAGUUUGGAUAUGGAUCAACUUGGAGAAACAAAAGAAAUUAAUUCAAAUUUGAUAGCAACUGAAACGUCAUUUGAAAUUGAUGGUAAAAAUGAUUCGAGUAAAAGUGAUAAAGAAUCAAACAAUAUUUCUCAAUCAAACUCAAACACUCCAUCAAGUGCAGCUAUAAGUGCACUCGUAAGAGAUAAUACGAGCUCACCGCUGACCACUAAUAGUGAUAAAAUAAAUAUUCCAACACCUUCAUCAAGUUCACCUCUAAGUGUAUCUGGAAGAGAUACUGCUAGCUCACAGUUGACCACUAAUAGUGAUCAAACAAACAUUUCAACACCUCCAUCAAGUGCAGCUCUAAGUGCAUCUGGAAGAGAUACUGCUAGCUCACAGCUGACCACUAAUAGUGAUCAAACAAAUAUUUCAACACCUUCAUCUGGUGUAGCUCUCAACGUAAUCGACAGAGAUGUUGUAAGUUCACAAUUAAGUGCAACCACUAACAGUGAUCAAACUAAUAUUUCCACACCGCUGUCAAUACCUGAAUACAUUUUAAACGAGGCUCUCAGUUCUGUUUCAAGUGAAAGCGAUAAACAAUCCAGUUUAGGUAAAAACUCAUCAACCAGAGACUCAAGCGACAAGUCACAGACAAGCGACAGAAGCUUGUCUAUGAUUGAAAGCAGGGCUGAAAUAUUAGAACUUUUAAAAGAAUCUUUAUCAAGUGACCUAGUAUUGGAUAGGAUAGUAAGUACAUUAUUCGCGAGUGUUCUCAAUCACGAUUCGGUGGACAUUAGCAAAUCUGAUGGGGAUGAAAUUGCUCUGACUGAGAGUGAUUUGAAACGGUUACAAACAUUUAGCUCUUCAGAUUCAGAGGUAAAAACUGAAAGUGAUUUCUUUGAAGCACAAGAAGAAGUAGAAGAUGAAGAUGCUGCAGAGAGAAUUUCUGCUGAAAGUGAACCUGAAGAUAAUAUUUUAGGAAAUGAAAUCAUUAAGGCAGAAAGUUUGUUAAAGACGGUUGAAAAAGAUGAAGUCGUAACUCCUGAACAACAAAGUUUCAUUGAGUAUGAGCGCCAAGUGAGAAGGUACCUAGCCGAGGGUGUAGUGUCUACAUAUGAUCAAGCUGAGCUGGUGGUGAAGCUCUUGGAGCUCAAUUUUGAUAGAGAAGCGUGUAUUUCUGCAGCCACUGAGUGCAGCUCUCUUCAAUCUGCGCUCACUUUUCUUCAACAGGACUGUCAACUUUGUGCAGGAAAAUAUACCAUGAACCAGAUGGUCUCGAUGCUGGAAUGUGAGCAUAGAUGCUGCAAAGACUGCGCUCUCCACUACUUCACUCUGCAGAUCACAGAGCGCAGCAUCAACGACUGCGUUUGUCCAUUCUGCAAACUACCAGAACUUCACUCAUGUGAUCCUGAUAAGGCCCUGGACUACUUCAGCAACCUUGAUAUUCUUCUCAAGGGACUUUUGGAAGAGACUGUCCAUGAACUUUUCCAGAGGAAACUUCGGGACCGGACUCUCAUGCAGGAUCCCCAUUUUAAGUGGUGUGUCAAGUGUUCUUCUGGAUUCAUUGCCAAUCCACGCCAAAAGAGGCUAGUGUGUCCAGAUUGUCGAUCAGUCACGUGUGCCAACUGUCGUCGUCCGUGGGAGAAACAGCAUGAAGGAAUCAGCUGUGAGGCUUACGCAGCUUGGUUACAAGAUAACAAUGAUUCCGAGACUCAGUUGUCUAAACAUCUGGCGGAUCACGGCGUCACAUGUCCCAAAUGUAACAACAGCUAUUCCCUAUCCAAAGGAGGCUGUAUGCAUCUGACCUGUCCUCAGUGUAAGCACGAGUUCUGUGUUGGUUGUGGCAAACCGUUCUCCAUGGGAGCCAACUGUACAGUGUCUGAGUACUGUGCCAAGCUAGGACUUCACGCACAUCACCCUCGCAACUGUCUGUUCUACCUACGAGACAAGGAGCCGCAGUUGCUAGAGAAACUGCUUGAGGACCACGGGAUAGAGUACAACCAGGAGCAGGGGGGUCCUGAGGGACCUUACGCCCGAUGUUCUGUUCAGCUGCAACGGGAAACUCCUGAGGGACUCUUGGACGCCAACUGUGGAUUGGCAGUGGAAAAAGCAGGACUUUGCAGGACCCACUUCAUUGAGUACCUGGUGAAGCUGAUCGGCAAACAUAAGUUGGACCCGGUAUCCAUCUUGGACUUAACGGAAGUCAUGCAAGAGUUACGCAGACGGGGGAAACCUCUGCCAAUCAGAGCGAGCGGACAGACCGACGCAGACUACACGACUCUCUGCGCUCAGGUUGUUCAAGAACAAAUUCCUUUGGAAUAAAUUAACUGCUUUGGAGUUACAAAUUAAGUACCGUAACAACGUCCUUCUCACCAAAAGUGUCCUUACUGGAACUUAUGACAUUAAAAAUGUAAGAAGGCAUAAUACAUAUUGCAUUCUCGAUCAAUGUUUCCUUCCGAAUUCCCAAUAGGGAAACCCAUAGGUAAAAUACCAUUUUUACCCAUAGGUAAAAAUACCAUCACAUUCAUGCUUAAAAAUGCUACAAAAUCAGGGAAAGUUGAUGUAAGCAUGAAAAAUGUUUUUAAAAUAUGAAUAAGUAAUAUUUGUACCUAAUUUUUUAUAAUGAAUGUGUUUCUGUUUCUGUAUUGACUGAUACCAUUGACUUUUGGUAGGGCAAGUAGUCUUCAUCAGACAAAGUAAGCCAGAAAAGUCACGAUUCUGCAUUUGUUUUUUUAACCCUACCAAGAGUGAAUUGUAGCUUGGAUAGAAAUGAAUUCAAGUCAGUAUUGAUUAUAACGGUUAGAGUUGUUUAAGUGAUUUCAAAUAUCUGAAAAAAUAAUUACAAUAUUUUGUUAUGUUUUAAUUUUUAAUAUCAAGAAAAGAUUGUAUUUCUAAAUUUAACCAGGCCUACUAUCUUCUUUUAUAUUCUAGUCAUUUUUUAUCAGUAUAGAAUUUAUUAGUUAAAUUUCAUGAAUUAGUAACUGUUAAGUUACAUGUUAUAAAUUUGUAAUAUCGUUAGGUUUGAUUGUUCAUUUAGUUAAUUAUUUAUUGUUUAUUUGUUAUAGAUAUUUUUUGUUACAUCAUUAAAGAACUUAAAUUAUUUUA